AUGGAUGAAGAAGGACGGACCUGGUCCACUACAGAGGCGGUUGAACAAGCCUUUAUUAAUUAUUUUGGCAACCUGUUCACGUCUUCAUCACCGGGGGGAAUUGAGAAAUGCCUGGAAGGAAUGCAUGGAAAAAUUACACCAGAGAUGAAUGAGAAGAUGCUUCAAGCUGUCAUUGUGGAUGAAAUCAGCACUGCAUUAUCCCAAAUGGCACCCUUCACGUCUCUUGAGUCGAAUGAGCCACCGGCUUGUUUCUACCAUGAGAAUUGGCCCACGAUAGGGCCUGAGGUAUGUCAAGCAGUGAUUAAAUUUUUCCAUUCAAACCAGCUUGAUAGAGAGGUAAAUACUACUUAUAUUGCUUUGAUUCCCAAAAUAAAAAACCUUGUUAAGGUUUCUGAUUAUCACCGCAUCACCCUAUGUAACGUUACUUAUAAGAUUAUUUCUAAGACUCUGGCAAAUAGGCUUAAGGUGAUUUUACAUGCUAUUAUUUCAUCACUUCAGAGUGCUUUUGUCCUUGGUAGGCUUAUUUCUGAUAAUUUACUAGCGGCAUAUAAAACCCUACAAUCCAUGAACUCCCGCAUGUGGGGUAAGGUGGGGUAUAUGACUCUUAAGCUAGACAUGAGCAAAGCAUAUGAAAGAGUGGAGUGGGCCUUCCUUGAGGCAGUAAUGUGGAGGUUGGGUUUUGCGGAGCUUUGGAUAGGGCUAAUCAAUCAAUGUAUAUCAACUAUCUCUUACUCUAUUCUUAUCAAAUGGAAUUCUUACAAAAUUUAUAUGCCCAUCAAGAGGGAUAAGACAAGGGGAUCCUACUUCCCCCUAUCUUUUCCUUCUUUGUGCGGAAGUUAUGAGCUCACAACUACAACAAGCAGACCACAAUGGCACUUCAAGGGGAGUGCCUACCUCUCCUAA